AUCGCGGGGAAGGGAGUAAGUCCAGAUAAUGUCCUCGAAGGCUGCGGCCCCGCGGGCAGGACACACGCCCUGAGGGCCUAUUCAAUAAUCAGUUAAAUCACCUGAAGCACACGCAUUUCCGGGGACCUCUCUGGGCAUCCUGGCUUGAGGGUAGGGUGGGCGGAGGUCCCUAAGGGAGAGGUGGGGCUCAGGCUGAAUCCCUCCUUGGGGGCAUCUGGGUCAAGUGGCUAACCUGGCAGCACAGUCACGGGGAGACCCUCUCUCAUUGGGCAGAAGCUAAGUCUGAAGCCGCGCCCCUCCUGGGAGGUUGGACUGUGGCACAGGAAAGCCUCAAGUACAGGAGGGUUGAGGCUUCAGUCCAGCACCUUUCUCGGGUCACGGCCUCCUCCUGGUUCCCAAGACCCCACCAUAGGCAGAGGCAGGCCUUCCUACACCCUACUCCCUGUGCCUCCAGCCUCGACUAGUCCCUAGCACUCGAGGACUCAGUCUCUGAGGUCACUUCACCGUGGUCUCCGCCUCACCCUUGGCGCUGGACCACUGAGGGGAGAGGGCUGGUGUGCUCCGCUGAGCCACUCCUGCGCCUCCCUGGCCUUGUCUACCUUUCGCCCCCCGAGGGGUUAGUGUCGAGCUCACCACAGCAUCCUACCACCUCCUGGUGGCCUUGCCGCCCCCACAACCCCAAGGUAUAAAGCCAGGUACACGAGGCAGGGGACGCACCAAGGAUGGAGAUGUUCCAGGGGCUGCUGAUGUUGCUGCUGCUGAGCAUGGGCGGGGCAUGGGCAUCCAGUGAGCCGCUUCGGCCACGGUGCCACCCCGUCAAUGCCACCCUGCCGAUCGAGAAGGAAGGCUGCUCCGUGUGCAUCACCGUCAACACCACCAUCUGUGCCGGCUACUGUGCCACCAAGACGAGGGUGCUGCAGUCCGUCAUGCCGCCCCUGCCUCAGGCGGUGUGCAACUACCGCGAUGUGCGCUUCGAGUCCAUCCGGCUCUCUGGCUGCCGGCGCGGCGUGAACCCCGUGGUCUCCUACGCCGUGGCUCUCAGCUGUCAAUGUGGACUCUGCCGCCGCAGCACCACUGACUGCGGGGGUCCCAAGGACCACCCCUGGACCUGUGACGACCCCCGCUUCCAGGACUCCUCUUCCUCAAAGGCCCCUCCCCCCAGCCUUCCGAGUCCAUCCCGACUUCCGGAGCCCGCAGACGCCCGGAUCCGCCCAUAAUUAAAGCUUCUCAAUCCGCA